CAUCAAUUGCCUGUAACUAACACUAUUAGCCGAGAAUGCAGAUAAAAGGGGUACUGUUGUUUUUAGUCAAAAUAAAAGGGUAAUUACUCUUUUUUAACAACAAAAGGGCUAUUAUAUUUUGAUGCAUGAGUUAAGCCACUCAAGCCCAAUAACCCAUGUCCGCACCAAAAAAAAAAAAACGGUUUCGACCAAUGUGAUGGUACUCAACCAGGUUCCUCCAUUUCUAAACCAGCGAUCUGCGCCAACGGAGCAUUGACUUUUGGCGACGAAGGAGGAUUGAUCCAUUGGAGAUGCGCUGACUUCUUAAAACUGUUGCAAUUCUCUUUCAGGGAAACUUGACUGCCAUCAGUUUACAUGGGAGAUUCUUCUGACUUCAGCAGGAUCCCUGAACACAAAAAUUCACUAAUUGCAUCUCAUCCUAUAAGUUUUGCACAAAGAAGCCAUGAAUAUCUCAUUUUGCUGAUCCGUGGGCACUUUGGAAGAAGUACUGUGGGUCGGAUCACAUUUUUUUCACUUAAAGUUGCUGCUUUAGAGAUCAUAAGGCGGUUCUCCAAGAGAAGAUGCCCAUGUGUAUGGCGAGGCCUUCAGGCUCUACAAAUCCUAUGUUAUCCACCUUUUAAAUGGAUUCAGAGGUGGGCCCCCUUCAAGGGUUUGGUUAAAAGCAUGCAGGUCCUAUCAAGACCUUUGCUAGCCCUUUCAAUUGCAACAGUGCUUACUGAUAAAUCAGAAUAUAGGGAUGGAACAUCAGAUUGUAGUAACGAUUCACAUGAUUCAGUAGCAUACUUGGAACCAUCUCCUUUACAGGUUGAUACGAAUACAAGUCAGAGUUUGACAGAUCCUAAAAUUUUAGAACCCGACAAUUGGUUGACUCAACUCUAUCAUGAGCUUGAAAAUCAAGGGCUUAGUUUACCAGAAAGAAUCAAUGAUGAUGAACUUAGCAGAUUUUAUGCAGCUUGUAAUGAUGAUUUUUCAUCCUUCUUUACCUCAAUCAAGAAAACCAUAAGAUGGCGAGAAACUUACAGAAUACUCUCAGAAGAAGAACUGAAAAUGUGGUCAAAAAUGGUGUUUUGGCAUGGGUCUGAUGUGAGGGGAAGACCUUGCCUAAUUGUAAGGCUUGGGCUAGCAUGCAGUAUGUCAUCUCAAGAUAGACCUCGAUUUGCCCAGGCAGUUAUAUCACAGGUGGACUAUGGAGUCUUGCACUUGGUUGAUGCAGACAACCCUCAAAUUACAGUGUUGGUGGAUUGUGAAGGGUUAUCUCCAGCAAAAAUUCCCAUGCAAAUAAUGAGAUCUUGUUCUUCCCUUCUGCAAGACAACUUUCCUAAUCGCCUUGGUUGUUUGUUUGUCAUACGACUGCCAGCAGAUGUUCAUGCUAUUGCCCAGACUUUUAUUCAGGUUUUGAAGCCUGCUACGAGGAACAAGUUGAAAAUAGAAGGGGAGACGUAUCAGAAUGAUCUUUCUGACCAUCUGCUGAUACUGCCUUCAUAUCUUGGAAGUUGCUGCACUUGCAUGAAAUGCUCUAAUAUUGGCAAGUGGGAUAUGCUUCAACCUUAUUCAACUGGGACAAGCAGGGGAGAUGGGGAAGUGGGUAUAAUAAGUGACAGUGACACCGAGGAUUCUCCAACAUUGCAUCCACCCAAUGAAUUAGAAGGCCGCUUAUAUAAUAAUUAUGAUCAGCUGUUGAGAACUGCUAUCAUAGGUAUUCUCGUUUUCUGGGUUUUGAUAGCUCUUGGUGCUGUAGUAUUUGAUCCCGCUAAUCAUUAGCCUUAAUAAUGCAAGACAUGCCAAAUUAGUGUAUAUCCCCUUGAUGUGUAAAUUUGUCUAGGAGGCGGCAUUAUCCAAUUCCAAAUAGUAAGGGAACCGUAUUACAUAUUCUUCACAUAAAGAUGUCUAAUUGUCGCUAGCAAUAUAUUUAUAGUACC